GAUAACUCCUUUACGGAUAAGAAAAGUAUAGAAAUACUUGACUUGUCUGGCAAUUGUGACAUGAAAAUUCUUCCACCAAGCCUAUCGAAGGCAACUAGCCUCCGGUUGCUUGUACUUGAUGGUUGUGAUGGACUAGAAAGCAUUGGUAGGCUCCCUCCCUCCCUUGAAUCAUUUAGCUUCAAUGGAUAUGGGCCAGCUUCUCAAUGGACAGAAACUGCUGAGCUACCUUCAAAACAAUUUCUUCCAUCCAGCAGAACAGAUAAUAAGGAUGUCAGAAUAUCCAAGAUCUCCUUAGCAGGCUGCACCCAGUUGGGGAAUUUGUACUUGUGUUGGCUACCCAACCUAGUGGAAUUGGACCUCUCUGGAACAUCAAUCAAGAUACUUGACUUCAAGACUAUGGUGGUGCAAAUCCCAAGGCUCAAGCGGCUGUUUCUAAUAGGAUGCAAGCACCUUCGUGCAAUAACCUUUUUGCACGAGAGUGUUCCUGACCUGGAGUUGCUGUGUGUAGACACACGAGCUGGAAUCGUGUGUCCUCUUCGGCCAUCCAUCAGCAAAAACAAACCUUUCAGGUUGCAGGUGCAUGGUGUUGUUGUAGAUGCAAGGCUUACUCACUCCUUGUCGAAUCUGAUCUUUAAUUAUAUACAAGGUGAUGUGCACUUUAAUAUCCAUGUCACAUCCUCACCUAUGUAUGACGGGGUUAUUCAAUUUGAAGCAACCAGCAAGGAUAUGAUUGGCCCCAGUGAUCAAGAGAGCCUGCAACUUAUUCCAACAGGCCGGUACAGUGAUGUCCUUGGGAUGGUUGGCGUUGUCCCAGUGCAGGCCUUUCCACAGCCUCCGACUACAAAGUUUGAUCGACAUGUAGAGAUUGCUGAUGGGAGCUUCUAUGUGGAGAGAGAACUUGACGAAGCACUAGGCGAACUGAUGGAAAAGCGUGCAGAAUCCCUGCAUGUGCAUGAUGUCUUGGUACAUGCUAUUCUGCCUAAAUACAGAUCGUGGAUGAAGCUUAGGUGGUGCUGCGUGGAGAGGUGCCCAAAAGUGGAUACUGUCUUCCCUGGGAAUCCAUACAGAUUUACUGCAUUGGAGACCUUCUGGGUGUCAGAUGUCCUAAUGGCCCGCUCGAUUUUUAGUAAAGGUUCACGCUUUAACCGAUAUGGUGAGAUUGGAUCCUUCAAAAAUUUACAGCACCUUCAGCUGCGUUCAUGCCCCAGCCUCCAGUUUGUGCUCCCUCUCUGGGUCUCCUCCUUCCCCAGCUUGGAGACCCUCCACAUCAUCCACUGCGGCGACCUCAACCACAUCUUCAUACUGGACGAAGAGUACCCUGAAGAAAUAACUAGCCACGGUGUACUAUUCCCGAAGCUGACCGCCAUCCACAUGCACGACCUACCGAAGCUGCAGGAGAUAUGCGAGGUCAAGAUGGUGGCCCCAAUGCUUGAGAGCCUCAAGAUCAGGGGAUGCUGGAGCCUGCGCCGGCUGCCAUCCGUGGGUGCCCGUGGCCAAGGCGAGAAGAAGCCGACGGUCGAGAUCGAGAAGGACGUGUGCGACGCUCUAGAGUGGGAUGCCGGUCACCACCCUGACCACUUCGAGGCACCGGUCCACUCGCGCUACUACAAGGAGAAGCUGCCCAGGGUCUCAGUGCUCAGGUGAACUCUGCAUUGUGGUGUUUCCCCAUUCGCUACCUGAGAGUGAUGGACGCUGCUGCUGCUGGAUCGUGCGUUUGGUUUGCUUUGUGUGCCUUCUUGGAUUGGUAUUGGCCUUAUUAGGUGCGAGCUUAUGGUGGCUGUCACCGUUUAUUAUAUUGUGGAUUUCAAAUAAGAGACGGACGGGUUUGAGCCUGCCUACACAGACCUGGACGGUGUGUCUGCGCGUGGCUUGAGAUUCGACUGGGUUGCUGUGGACGCAUGCGUGCAUCCACCAGUCUGCAUUUGUGUGUGUGGCUUUGAUGAACGCUUGCUAUGCGUGUGUGUGUGUGUGGCAUUGUAACAGAUGCCUAUGUAUGCCAUGUAUCUGAACUGAACCAAGAAACAGCUCGGCUGGUUGUGUGUGUGCUUGUGCAUGCAUUGACUUGUUUGCUGCC